GGUGUUUUUUCUGAAUGUUCCAUAUGAUUCUAUCAUAGAACGGUUAACUCUAAGAAGAACAGAUCCAGUCACAGGAGAAAGAUAUCACCUCAUGUAUAAGCCACCUCCAACCAUGAAUAUCCAAGAACGUCUCAUGCAGCACCCAGAUGAUCUAGAGGAGAAAGUGAAGCUCAAGAUGGACAAAUUCUAUAGAAGUUCUGCUGGGCUGGAAGAAUACUAUGACAGUAUUAUUUAUGUCAAUGGGGACCAAGACCCUUACACUGUCUUUGAGUACAUAGAGAGUGGCAUCAUCAUGCCUUUGCCCGUUAAAAUCCCAUCUUAA